AUGGGAGUCCCGCCUAUUCCAGUCUCCAGCGACUUGCCACCACUUAUCAUGGGAACGGCCACCUUCAAUGGCCAAUACAAUGCAAACCCUUAUGAGCUUCCUACGACAGAACUCGUCCACCGUGCUCUAUCUGCCGGAAUUUGCGCUUUUGAUACCUCCCCUUAUUAUGGCCCGGCAGAGGAACUACUUGGAAAGGCCCUUUCUACCCCGUUCGUUCGUGACAACUAUCCACGGGAUACGUAUCGGCUGCUCACCAAAGUAGGCCGGAUAGCGGCGUCGACCUUUGACUAUUCCCCAUCUUGGAUCCGGCGCAGCAUUAAACGCAGCUUGUCCCGCCUGGGAACAUCGUACCUUGACGUUGUCUAUUGCCAUGACGUGGAGUUCGUUACGCCAGAUGAAGUGUUGAUAGCUGUUCAAGAACUCCGGAAGAUCCGCGACACAGAAGGGACUAUUCAUUAUAUUGGAAUAUCAGGCUACCCCGUUGACGUACUCUGUUCCCUGGCUAAGAUGGUCCUAGAGAAAACUAGUCAACCCAUAGAUAUCGUUAUGUCUUAUGCAAAUUUCACCUUGCAAAACACUCUUCUGGCCACCGAGGGGCUCCCACGAUUGACUGCAGCUGGCGUGGAUUGCGUUCUUAACGCCUCUCCGUUAGGAAUGGGGCUCCUCAGGCGCAACGGAGUACCUAUUGGUAGUAUGGGAGACUUUCACCCGGCCCCUAGCCCUCUACGUGAGGCGAUCCACAAAGCGAGCCUUUGGACCGAUAAGCAAGGGGAAAAGAUUGAGGUUGUUGCCAUUCGAUAUGCCCUUGAAAACUGGCUUCAUGAGGCUGCUGCCGUCGGUGCAUCUGGCCUACCUACUGCUGCUUCCAGGGAGGGCAACGGUUCUGGUCCGCGUAGGCUGGGAGGUAGCGUUAUGGGAGUGAGCAAUCUUGCUGAGUUGGAGGAAACCAUGCGUGUUUGGAAAACUAUUCUCGACACUCUGCCAGCUGGAGCUAUCAAUCCCCAGACCAGGGAAGGGCAUGCUGUGUUGAGUGAUGACCAGACACCGCCAGAGACACAGCGGAUCCAAACGCUGACGAAGGGAAUACGUGAUAUCCUGGGCCCAGAAUGGGUGGAUUACGCAUGGGAAAGUCCCGAUACCGGUUUUGUGAACACGCCUCUGCCCGAUCACCCACCACCCGUUGUAGAUGGGGAUCCUCAGACCAAGCCCUGA